AUGGCUUCCAUUCCCCGUAGUACACUGCUCUGGCGGGACCUGAGCGUGGAAGAGAAGUUUGAGCAAUUGAUGCAGAAUAACCCACUCGGUGCUCAAGUAUCACAAGAUUCGGUUCUUGUCGCUAUCGGCACCUCGUUUGGCAUUACCGCCGCCCUUUUUGUCGCCUUUUUAAUUCUACGGCCCUUUAAUACCAUCGUUUACGCCCCCCGCCUCCGUCAUACGGAUGAAAAGCACCGACCGCCGCCUCUGGACAAGAGCCUUUUUGCCUGGUACAAGCCAGUCUUCAAAACAAACGAGCCCGAAUAUGUCGACAAGAUUGGUCUGGAUGCCACGCUGUUUCUGCGCUUUGCCCGCAUGUGCAGGAACAUGUUCAUUGUACUCGCCUUCCUAGGCUGCGCAAUCAUCGUCCCCGUCAAUGUUGCCAGUUCAGUACCAACCCAAAAAAAAGUUGAAGGUAGUAUUAGUUCCAGGAUCAUCUUUCUCAUGACGCCAAGAGACUUGGCUGGUCAAGUCUUUUGGGCUUUUGUUGUCUUUGCCUACAUCCUGGAUAUCACAGUGUGUGCGUUUCUCUGGUGGACAUAUCGCGCGGUGCACCGUCUGCGACGCCAAUAUCUCGAAAGCCCAGACUAUCAGAACAGUCUCCAUGCCCGGACCUUGAUGAUCACCGACAUUAGCCGUAGCUUUCGCAGCGACCAAGGUAUCAUUGAGAUUGUAGAUACCCUGAAGACCACCCCGGAUGUACCACGCGUAUCCAUUGGACGAAACGUAAAGGAUGUCCCUGAUCUGAUCGAGGAGCAUGAGGAGGCAGUUGUGGAACUUGAGAAUGUCCUGGCAAAGUAUUUGAAGAACCCGGCUCAACUGCCGGCCGAGCGCCCCAUGUGCACUCCGCAUAAGAAGGAUCCAGAGUUUAUGGGCAAGAAACAAAAGGUCGACGCCAUCGACUACCUGACAGCUCGCAUCCAACGACUCGAGGCUCAGAUCAAGGAAGUCCGCGAGUCCAUCGAUAAGCGCGAUGCUCUUCCAUAUGGUUUUGCCAGUUACGAAAACAUCACUUCGGCUCAUACUGUAGCAUUCAAUGCCCGCAGCAAGCAUGUCAAAGGAACCACUGUCCGGCUUGCACCCAAGCCAAAGGACAUUAUCUGGAAGAACCUGACACUGGAUCCAAAGACAAGACGGUGGAGGAAGAUUGUGAACAACUUCUGGAUCACGCUCUUGACACUGCUUUACUUUAUUCCCAACGCCCUCAUCGCCGUUUUCCUGUCAAAACUCUCCAACUUGGGUUUCGUAUGGCCAACUUUCCAGGUCGAGCUCGCCCGACAUGCCGACUUUUGGGCCGUGGUACAAGGUCUCGCUGCGCCGGCCCUAACAUCUCUUUUCUACUACUUCCUGCCCAUCAUCUUCCGCCGCCUCUCGAUCAAGUCUGGAGACCAAACCAAAACAAGUCGUGAACGCCACGUCACGGCACAACUAUACGCUUUCUUCGUCUUCAACAACCUCUUCGUCUUUUCGCUCUUCAGCGCCGUCUUUGGCAUGAUUGUCAUGAUUGUCAAUCUCGCAACCAAGCAAAAUGUGCCUUUCAUGGAUAUUCUGCGCUCCAUUGCCUUUUUCGAUACCACGAUGCGCACACUCUGCGAGGUCUCGCCUUUUUGGGUCACCUGGCUCGUGCAACGUAACUUGGGUGCGGCCAUUGACCUCGCGCAGGCUGUGAACUUGGCUUGGGGCAGUUUCUCGCGCAAGUUUUUGAAUCCUACUCCUAGGGAUCUGAUUAACCGGACUGCGCCACCGCCGUUUGAUUAUGCAAGUUACUACAACUACUUUUUAUUUUACUCGACGGUCGCCUUCUGCUUUGCGCCCUUGCAGCCUGUCACGCUCGUUAUUGUUGCAAUCUACUUUUCUCUGGACAGCUGGAUGAAGAAGUACCUUCUCAUGUACGUUUUCUGUACAAAGAACGAGUCUGGAGGUGCCUUUUGGCGUGUUCUCUUCAACCGUAUGCUCGUCGGUAUCUUCCUCUCCAACUGCAUUGUUGCACUUUUGGUCACUGCUCGUGGAGCGAACUUCAAAUGGCACAUGCUUGCGGCUUUGGCUCCUCUUCCUAUAGGAUUGAUUGCGUUCAAGUUUUACUGCAAAAACACCUUUGAUAACUCGCUCAAGUACUACACUCAGGGUGAUAGUAAGAAGGGUGUUGAAGCGCCUACGCCGAUUGACAAGGAGUCGAGGAAGAGGGAUCGUGUUGCUGUGAGGUUUGGCCACCCAGCUCUCUACCAGAAACUCACUGUCCCUAUGGUCAACGAAAAGUCAAAACAUCUCCUUGCCGAAAUCUACCGCGGCCGUCUAGACGGCGACAUUGGCGAUACAGCCGCCUUCAGUGACGUCUACACCAUGAAACGCAUGUCCAAAGAAAACCCUGGAAAAAUGGCCUCUGGUGCCGCAGCCCCCGCUCCCUUUGAGUUCGUCUCCGAAUCCAACAUGGACUUUGAAAACUACAAGAACCGCCCGGAAUUCAGCGACGAGCACGGCGGCGAAGGAUCCGUCUACGGCGGCGAAUCCAGCACCCACCGUCCCGACACGCCCAAUUCCCACUUUGGCGGCGCAGCUGCUGAUCGUGGUCGCUCCCACUCGCGCGACUCUGACCGUACAUUCGGCGGUGCCGACGAGACGGGCGUCUCGUAUCCAGCUGGCUACCACCAAACCCCCUCUGCACUCCGCGAAUACAGCCCAAGUCCCGAACCUGGACUAGGCAUGCGCAGAUUAGAUAGCACAGACAGUCCGUAUGAAGUUCACGAGGAUGAUGAGGGUAAGAGGAAUUUGGUGAAUAGUGCUGCGCCUAUGGGGGCAGUUAGAGCACCGGCAUUGCAACAACAGCAGUAUACGCCGUAUAGUCCUAGUAGGGAUGGUGUGCAACAUGAUUAUUUUAGUAGGUGA